GCUCUCCCGCGGGGCUGGCACCGGUCAAUGUUUAACCGGAGCGGUGGUGCCGGUUGUGCGGGGCAGCCCGCGCUGGCCGGCGGCGGCUGCGGCCGGGAGUGGCCGGAGACCCCGAGCGAGGGGCGAAUGGAGGCGGCGGGGGAGCAGAGCUGGGAGCCCCGGCCGGGAACACGGCCCAAAACGCUCCCCCGGGGCCAGGAGAGACCGAGCCUUGGAGAGGAGCGGGGGAACCCCGCGGUGGGCAAAGAGACGCGUCUGAGAGUGGUGCUGAGGGUCCGGCCACUGACCUGCUCGGAGACGCGGCGAGGGGACCGGCGGGUUGUGCACAGCCUCGGCGACGGCACCGUCCAUGUGAGCGCAGCCCGGCAAGACGCCACGUUCGGGUUCAGCGCCGUGUUUGACGCCGGCGACUCGCAGGAGGCUGUGUUCGAAGGCAGUGGGAUGAGGCAGUUGGUGGAGCUGGCGAUGGAUGGCUUCUCCUGCACGGUCUUUGCCUUCGGGCAGACGGGCUCGGGGAAGACCUACACCCUGAUGGGCCCCCUCGGCCAGGGUGAGACCCACGCAGCAUCCCCGGCCCUGCUGGGGCUGAUGCAGAGGUCCUUCGCCUGCCUCCUGGAGCAGAGCCGGAGCCGUGGCUCUGACCUGGCUCUCAGUGCCUCCUACCUGGAGAUAUACAAUGAACAGAUCCGGGACCUGCUGAGCCCAGGGCCUCCAUGCACCCUGCCCCUGCGGUGGAGCAAAACCCGUGGUUUCUAUGUGGAGAAUCAGCUCAGUGUGGACUUCGAGAGCCUGGAGGCCAUUGCCAGCCUGCUCCUGCAAGGAUCCCAGAGGAGAAGGACCUCAGCACAUGCCCUCAACAGGCACUCGAGCCGCAGCCACGCUCUUCUGACCAUCCACAUCCGCAGCCGGAACGCCAGCACCCUCCCCAGCAGGCAGGGCACCCUGUGCUUCGUGGACCUGGCCGGCAGCGAACGGGUGAAGGAGACAGGCUCCAGUGGGGAGCUCUGCGUGGAGGCCAACAGCAUCAACCGCAGCCUCCUGGCGCUGGGACACUGCAUCUCUAUGUUGGCCAAACCCCGCGGGAAGCGGACGCACGUUCCCUACCGGGACAGCAAACUCACCCGGCUGCUGGCUCGAUCCCUGGGCGGCUCCGGGGUCACCCUGAUGGUCGCCUGCAUCUCCCCAUCCUCACGCUGCCUCUCAGAGACACUGAGCACGCUGCACUACGCCAGCCGGGCACGCAGGGUCACCACCAGGCCCCUGGCCAACAGGGUAUCCCGGGAGAAGGUGCUGCAAAGCUUGGAGGAAGAAAUCCAUGCCCUGCAGCUGGAAAACCUCUCCCUGCGCCAGCAGCUGGGCCUGCCCAGGGUGCCCAUGAGGAGCACGGAGGUCCUGGGAACCCCAACGAGGAUGGGGGCUUGGCCAGGCUUGGGAGGCAGGUUUGCCCCCACAGGGCUGCAUCAGUCACCUCUGGAAGGGCAGCUCCCAUCGGAGGGAGCCCCAGCCUGGCCCAGCCUCUACGGCCUCCUGAGGGACUUCGUGGUGGAGAAUGAGCAGCAAAGGCAGCCCCGGCUGUCCGCAGACCCCAGUGGUGAUGUCCCAUCCUGCAGAGCCACCCGCAGCUCCUGUGACACCCAGCCCCUGCUGCGGAGCGCCUGCACCCCUCAUGUCCCUCCUGGCCACCCCAUGAGGCCCCGGCUGCCGGUGAGCAUGGGGGGACCCUGGGCUCCAUGGGCAUCCUCACGUGGGUGCCCAAAUCACCCACCCUCUGCUAAACCCUCUUGCAGAAGCUGCCUCCUGCCUCCAGCCAUCCCAGCUGCCCCCAGUGCUGCCCUGGGCUGGCUGAUACCCUCAUGUCCCAGGCACUGCCAGGGCUCCCCACACUGCAGCCAGUGGCCCCCGAAGGAGGCACCAGUGCUCUGCCACCAGGCCAGGAGGACGUGGCUCUGCCCAGCUCCCAUCAGGCUCCCGGGAACCCCCAGCCACCCCAGGGGAAGCGCAGGAGCCGGGGCAGGAGCAGGAGCUUUUCCUAUCGGCACCCGCUGCCCCGGGAGCUGCCAGGCCCUGAGCGCUGUCCCAGCCCCGAGGGAAGGGUCAUCCCUUCGGCACCGCCGUGGCCGGGAUUGCCGGAGCCCAGAGCCGCUGGCACCAUCCCUCUCCUCCAGUUGGAAGAGGCAUUGGACUGGCUGGUGGAGCAGAUCUGAGCAGCACAGACACGGACAGGGCUGGCAGCAGGGAUCUGGCACAGCCAACAGGCAGUUAUUAGACACGGGAGGACAACCACAGCCUUCAGGGACAAGGACCGCACAGACCACUGGAUGGAGGGAUGGAUGGAGGGAUGGAUGGAGGGAUGGAUGGAUGGAGGGAUGGAUGGAGGGACGGAUGGAUGGAUGCAUGGAUGCAUGGAUGACAGACAGAGCUCUCCGGCCUGCACGGCACUCAGUUUAUUCGUCUAUCUAG